AUUUAUUUUAUUUAUCAUGUCAUAUAUAUUCAAAAAUAUUUAUUUGUCUCCUAAGCACAUAUAGAUAAUUAUUUGUUACCAAUUAUUGCAUAACAUUCAUGAGAUUAUAUAUAUAAAUAUAUGAAGUUCGAUUUAACUUCCUUUAAUACAGUACACCUGUAAUUAUGACAUUGUUCACACUGAAGUGAUAUCCACAGGAAGAAUAAUUCAGACAGGACAAUUAAAAUAGCACGCUAACUGAAAUAUAUAUAUACAUAUACACAUAUUUAUAUACGCAUUGCCAAUAAAUAGAUAUUAUACCUCAGCUGUUUAUUUGUUAUAAGACAGUACAAUGCCACACAGACCAAGAAUACAGAUUGGAAUUUCAUGCAGGAAUCUACCGAAAUUGCUUAAAGCAUCCUAUGCAAAGUUCUCUGUAUCCUAUGGUGGGUAUCUACAUGAGAAACAUGUAACGGAAACCGAACUUGUUUACAACAACCUUGCACCAAAUUAUACAACACGUCUUAAUCUGGAAUAUUGUUUUGAAGAGAAACAAAUAAUCACAACAGAAAUAUUCGAAUGUGAACGUGAAGAUCGUGAGGAUUCAAUCCUACUUGGUUAUAUUCAAUGCACCGUAGGCAGAGUAAUUCACAGUGGUGGUGAACUAGUACUCCCAAUAAUAUGGAAUGAUGAUGUUCAGGUUGAUCGAAAUACAUCCAUGGAUGUGGUUGUAUGCAUUCGAGAGGAUCCCUUUUCUAAAGAGAAUAUUUUCAUCAAAAUGGUUGGUUCAAAUUUGGAUAAAAAAGAUUUCUUUGGUAAAUCUGAUCCUUAUGUAAUUAUUUAUCGAAGAAAUGAACGAGGAAAAUUACAGAAAUGCUAUCGAAGUGAAGUUAUCAAGAAUACUCUGUUCCCUGAUUGGAAGCCUAUUCUGGUAUGCUUAGAUAGAUUAUGCGGUGGAAACAUUGACUGUGAAUUGUAUUUUCGGUGCUUCGACUGGGAUGGUGCUGUCGGUGAUUCAGAAGACGUCGAUACAGAGAUUGAUGAUUUGAUUGGAGAAUUCAAUACAACUGUCAGUAAAUUGUUAAAUAGUGGUGAAAGUGGAAUUGAAUUUCAGUUGAUAAAUAUGCCAAAGAAAAAACGAAAAAAGUACUAUCAAAAUUCCGGUUUGUUAACUGUAAAAUCAUACUUUGCUCAAUCAAAGUUUUCAUUCCUGGAUUACAUUUUUGGCGGUCUUAGCAUAAAUGUUGUUGUUGCCGUUGAUAUGUCAAGUCAUGCUUCAGUAAAUUCAACAAGUGCAGUAAACCAACAAAUUGAAUUAUCUCAAUCCCAUACUGAAUAUGAAGUAGCUAUACAGGCUGUAAUGGAAAUACUUCAAGAAUACGACAGUGAUCAGCUUUUCCCUGCCUUCGGAUUUGGUGCAAAAGUUUCCACUGGUGGAAAGUUAUCUCACAGAUAUCCUUUGAAUGGCGAUAUAAAUAACUGCUAUUGUAAAGGUAUGGCAGGAGUACUCGCUGCGUAUAGACGUUGUUUAACCGACUUGUACUCUUCUGGUCCGAUUUUGUUCUCACCGAUUAUUCGAGAAGUUAGCGAGGCAGCAAAAAGAAGUGAAGCGGCGGACAACUAUUAUGUUCUGCUAAUAUUAACCAAUGGUACAGUCGAUGAUUGGAUAGAAACGAAAAAGGCAGUGAUUGAAGCGUCAUUUCUACCUGUAUCGAUAAUUGUGCUUGGAGUUGGAGGCGGGAAAUUCCCAGAAAUGGAAAUUUUGGAUCAAGAUUUUGGUUUGUUAAAAGUUGGUCAAGAACAAGCCUGCAGAGAUAAUGUACAAUUUGUACAAAUGCGUCGAUUUUUACGUUUAGCAGCCGAUGGAUCAGACAGUAUUCGUUGGAGUAAAGUAGCCCUUGCUAAAGAAGUCUUAGCUGAAUUACCUUCACAGAUAUUAGAAUAUUUGGACAAAAAUCAUCUAAGUCCACGACAUCUUGUACCAAGACAAGCAGAAAAACUGAGUGAUUUAACAAAUCCUGACUGGUGGAGAAGAUUCACCCAACCGCUAUCUGAAAAUCGAUCUAGUCCGUUGAACAGCUUUUCAGAAGAAGAAAAUGAUGCUUUUCAACGCUUACAAUUGAAUGACAGAGAUAAUCAACCAUCAUCGUCAAGUAGUCAGUACCCCUCAUCUAGUUCACCAUUCAGUUCUCAGUCAUCAGAACAAUAUUACAAUAAAAGUGGACAAACACAUACCUCUUCAGAAGGGAAUAGUUCUCCGUCUAAUGAAAUGAAAAGUCAUUCAAGCAUAACAGCUAAUCAACAAUCACCUAAAAAGAUGACUGCACCACUCUAUCGUCAAAUGUCAUUAGGCGUAGCAAAACUCUCUGAAAAUUAUCCGCCUAAAACUCGUUUUCGACGAUUACCGAGUGGAUUAGAGACAAGUGUCAGUUCAAGUCGUACUUCAUCAACUCGAUCAAAUGCUUCUGGUAGUAGUACAAAAUAAAAGUGCAUUUUUCCUGUCUGUCAAUCAAAACAAAAACACAUAUAAAGUACAAAUGUAUGUAUUAUACUCUGCUUCAUCAUCACUUUUAUCAAUGUAGACGACAGAAUUCAGACAAUGUCUUUUUUCUAAAACAAAAAAGCCUCUCAAUGCAUUUUUCAAUAUAUAUCUGUAUGGGCUACAUACAUCCCAAUCAAAAAUCUUUACCAAUUUUUACAACUACUGAUAUCGUUAUUAGUAGGUGGAAUUGUUAUUAUGAAAUAAUGAACAUUACAACUCAUAUUGGUUUUCAUCAUGGCGUUUAGUACUGGAUUCUUCAAAGUGCCUCUUUUUUUUCUAGAUUAACUGUUUCAUGCACAAGAAUAAAUGACAAACUUUUCACUUCUUAUCAUUUAAAAUUUCACAAAACGAAAAGCUCUGUAAUUUAAACAAAUUAUUAGAUAAACUAAGGCGAUCCGUUAAAGCUGAAUACAAUUGUAUGCUGAAAUAAAAAGGUGUGUGUGCUGAAGCCAAUCAUGGAAAUUCCUUCCUGAAUUCCCUUUUUGCAACUUUACCAUUUCCUACAGUAGUUUAAUGAAACGAAAUGACGGAUAAAUGAAAUAACUGUGGCCUUCUCAUUGAUUAUAGCAAAAAGAGGGGAUAAUUAAUAACUGAGAUUUAUCACACCAGAGAGAGGUUUAAGUCCUAGCAGCAUUGUAUUAAUGUCAGCAUUGAACAAUGAAUGUGAAGAGUGUUUAUCACAAAAACAAUUGAGCGAUAAAAUAUCCCUAUUGUUUAAAUACAUCCUUUAAAAAUAAGUAAUUAAAAUAAAAUAAAAAGAAAAAAACUUAUUUUAACAGUUUAGUAAGAGGAAAAAACAACUAUAAAACAGAUUUAAGAAGAUUAAUUUUGUACAUUAUUCAGUUGAAAAUUUAAAACAAAACAGAGUGUUUUGUUUUACUGCAUUACUUCCUUUAUAAUUAUUCUGUGUGAAAUUUUAAAAAUGGCUACGAAACAAAAGGUUUAUGGUUCUGAUUACUUUUUUUUCCUUUUUAUUCUUCUUUUCUCAUCUCUGC